AUGCCUCGUAUGGCUAGUGUUACAGAACCUACAACAAAGACUUUAACCUCUCAAGCUCAGCAUCAACGUAGACUUGUGGUGCUCGUUGACAUGGACAUGGUUUUGUGCGACUUUGAAUCCUAUUUUUUGGAAAAAUAUCGCGAAAAAUAUCCUGAUGAACCAUUUAUUCCGUUAGAAGAACGAUCGCAAUUUUAUAUUCGAGAACAGUACGCCACGAUCCGCCAAGAUCUGUCGUUGAAAUGCCGAGAAAUCUAUUGUGCUGAAGGAUUUUUUGUCAACAUUCCGGAAAUUCCUGGUGCCGUUGCAGCAGUCAAAGAAAUGAACCAGAUAGAAAAUGUUGAAGUUUUUAUAUGUACCAGUCCACUAAUAGGCAAUUAUCGAUACUGUGUAAAGGAAAAGUAUGAAUGGAUAGAAAAACAUAUGGGUAAUGACUGGGCUGGCAAAAUUAUUUUAACUCCAGAUAAAACUUUGAUUAAUGGACAUCUGCUUAUUGAUGACAGACCUAAUAUUAAAGGAAUGAUCAAAAAACCUACAUGGGAACAUGUAUUGUUUACUGCCUGCCAUAACAAGAAUAUAGUUUUAUCAACAAAAAAGAAACGUCUGGACUCCUGGGUUAAUGAACAAUGGAAACCAUUAAUAGAAGAAUUUAAGAAAAAAUUAGAGAUUUAA